AUGCAUUUCGUUAAGCUCCAAACUCCCCUACAAAGCUUGCCAAAAGACAAGUAUGGCAUCAGAACUGAGCCAAACGAUGAAACUAUCGACGAAUUCGAGUUGAUGAUCGUCCCCGGCAGAGCUUUCACUUCCUGUGGAAAGCGCUGUGGAAGAGGAGGAGGUUAUUACGAUCGAUUUAUGGAGAAGAAUGCAUGUCCGAAAAUCGCUCUGGCUUUCGCGGAGCAGAUCUUUGAUGAUAUUCCAACAGAAGAGCAUGAUCAGAAGGUCGAUUUAGUUGUGUUCAAGCCCAAAUAA